AUGAAUAUGGGAGAGAAUAACAAUAAAAAUGGUAAUCAUUCAAACGGCAAUGGUGAAAAUGCUCCACUAGAUCCUCCCCCAACUAUAGAGAAUAUAUCACAAGCAUUGGUAGCAUUAUACAAUGCUACAGAAACGAGUAUUCGUGACUUUGCACAGAAUUGGUUGAUAGCAGUUCAGAAAUUACCUAGUACAUGGGAUUUGUGUCCUAAACUUAUAUUGGAAACAUCUGUAAGCAAAGAAGAAGAGGAGGAGGAGGAAGAAGAAGAAGAAGAAGUCAAAAUUGAGAGAAAAGACGUUAAAGAUGAUUAUAGCAAUUACACAGAAUGUUGGCAAGUUGACGGGUAUAGUGGCGACACGUGUGGCAGUGGUGCUUGCGUUGGUGUCAAUGUACACGUUUGGCAAAUUGUGGCCGACUCCGAUAGAGAAUGUGAUUGA